AUGUAUCUGACAAUUUACCCGACAUCAAUCGUCGACGGCAAGCUCGAGAACUGCGCCUCCAAAGGCAUGACCGACUGGCUCCUGCUGGCCGUGCGUCCUGGUGGCAUCCAUUGCCAGCUCAGGCGCCGCUCAGACUCGGUUGUCGGCCGCACAAGUGCUUGGCUCGUGCCCAGCCGACCGGCAGGCGAUGCCCACUCGCUGCUAGGCUAA